AUGGAUCCUAACAGUAACAGUUCUAGUGAAACAUUGCGCCAAGAGAAGCAAGGUUUCCUAGACAAAGCUCUUCAGAGGGUGAAGGGUAUAGCCCUGCGACGAAACGAUAGCAGUAAAGAUCCCAAAACAGAUGACGCACCAAGUAGCAUACAAACUCCAACUGGCUUUCAACCGCAGGAUUUUGACAGACGGUCUAAUAUAUCAUCUGAGUUUACGGACGACAAUUGCACCAUGGACGAUAACUCGAUUUUAUUUUCAGAGCCUUCACAGAAACAAUCAAUGAUGAUGUCCAUAUAUGUAGGUGUAUUCGUUGCUGUUGGUGGAUUUUUAUUUGGCUAUGAUACAGGUCUGAUUAAUAGUAUAACAUCCAUGAACUACGUGAAGUCGCAUGUAGCACCAAAUCACGAUUCUUUUACCGCUCAACAGAUGUCCAUCUUGGUGUCGUUUUUAUCGUUAGGAACUUUUUUUGGAGCUUUGACAGCCCCUUUUAUAUCUGACUCGUAUGGUAGAAAGCCUACUAUUAUUUUUAGUACACUUGUUAUCUUCUCGAUCGGAAAUUCUUUACAAGUGGGAGCUGGAGGAAUCACAUUGUUAAUUGUGGGAAGAGUCAUUUCAGGCAUUGGUAUAGGCGCAAUUUCAGCCGUUGUGCCACUAUACCAAGCAGAAGCUACACACAAAUCAUUAAGAGGUGCUAUUAUUUCUACUUACCAAUGGGCUAUCACCUGGGGUUUGUUAGUGUCAAGUGCAGUGUCCCAGGGGACACAUUCAAGAAACGAUGCAUCCUCAUAUCGGAUACCAAUUGGAUUGCAAUAUGUUUGGUCGUCUUUUCUCGCUGUAGGGAUGUUUUUUCUACCUGAAAGUCCGCGUUAUUACGUUCUAAAGGACAACUUAGACGAAGCAGCUAAGUCCUUAUCGUUUCUAAGGGGUGUACCAGUUCACGAUUCUGGGUUACUUGAAGAAUUAGUUGAAAUAAAAGCAACUUAUGAUUAUGAGGCGUCUUUUGGUUCUUCUAAUUUCAUAGAUUGCUUCAUUUCAAGUAAAAGCAGGCCAAAGCAAACCUUAAGAAUGUUUACCGGAAUUGCUCUUCAGGCAUUUCAACAAUUUUCAGGUAUUAAUUUCAUAUUUUACUAUGGUGUCAAUUUCUUUAACAAAACAGGAGUCAGCAAUAGUUAUUUGGUUUCAUUCAUAACGUACGCUGUUAAUGUUGUCUUCAAUGUUCCUGGUUUAUUUUUUGUGGAAUUUUUUGGUAGACGUAAAGUUCUAGUUUUCGGGGGUGUUAUCAUGACUAUAGCUAAUUUUAUUGUAGCCAUCGUUGGUUGUUCAUUGAAAACUGUAGCUGCCGCUAAAGUUAUGAUUGCGUUUAUAUGUCUAUUCAUUGCUUCCUUUUCGGCCACAUGGGGCGGUGUUGUUUGGGUUAUUUCAGCAGAAUUGUACCCACUGGGUGUAAGAUCCAAGUGCACAGCUAUAUGUGCUGCAGCAAACUGGCUCGUAAACUUUAUUUGUGCUUUAAUUACCCCUUAUAUUGUAGACACAGGCUCUCACACAUCAUCAUUAGGUGCAAAAAUAUUCUUCAUUUGGGGCUCCUUGAAUGCAAUGGGAGUUAUAGUUGUUUACUUGACCGUUUAUGAGACGAAAGGUCUAACAUUAGAAGAAAUUGAUGAAUUAUAUAUCAAAUCUUCUACUGGAGUAAUUUCGCCGAAGUUCAAUAAGAUCAUUAGAGAACGCGCUUUGAAGUUCCAAUAUGACCCCCUGCAAAGAUUGGAAGACGGUAAGAAUGCCUUUGUUGCUAAACGAAGUUCUGAUGAUCAAACAUCAGGAAAUGAUUUUCAAAAUACGACAGCAGGCGAGGUGAAUCAUAGCCUCAAUCGAGAACAAUUGCGCUCUGUUUCUGAAUAUGGCAAUAUGACUAAUAGUACAGAACUACCUCAGAUUCUCAAUGAAAGUAGUAUCUCAACAACUCCCAUAAGUCCUUUGCAAGGUAUUCCAGUUCCACAGGUAGCUGAAUCUGUUGACAUUCAAACCAAGUACGUGGAUUUAGGAAAUGGUUUAGGUCUCGCUACAUAUAAUAGAGGGCCUCCCUCACUAUCAAGUGAUUCUACCGAGAAUUAUACUGAAGAUGAAAUAUGCGGGCCUUCAUCUAAAGGCGAUCAAAGCAAUAGAAGUACUAUGAAUGAUAUCAAUGACUACAUGGCACGCUUAAUUCACAGUAAUUCUACCACAAGCAAUACAACGGAAAAGUUCUCUGGUAAUCAAAGUACGGUACAUGACCAUAACGCCUCCUCUCAUUCGGACACUACUGAAGAGAAUAGCAAUUUGAUGGAUUUAGGAAAUGGGCUUGCUCUGAAUGCCUAUAAGAGAGGUCCACCUUCUAUUCUAACGUCUUCUAGUGACGAGGAAGACGGUGACGAGGCAUCCGACGACAUGAAUGAAUUUCAAGACUUGGUUCGUAUGAAAGAACGCAUGGCGCAGUUUGCCCAGAGCUAUAUUGACAAGAAAUGCGAUCUAGUAUCCGAAACUCCCUCCUGUGUUUUGAGCACUUCUUUCUCUGUGUUAGCUCAUCCUAAUGAAAAUGAUAAUGAAAGUCUCCAAUCGAGUGAAGAAAACUCGACUAAGCAUUCUGUAAAUGAUAAUGAUGAUCUGAAAUAA